AUGACGUCGGCACCAGUUUUUGGAGGCUACCACGCUAUCGCUCUGCCGCUUCCACACAGCUCGUUCCAGCGCUACAUUUUCGCCAAGCGGCACAUCGGUAAGGCCACCUCUACUGCCGAGGGUAUUUUGGCCACUGGGCGCACUGCAUACGUUGUCAAUUUGCCUACAAGCACGUCGGAAGAGUGGCUUCGCGCGUGUUUCGAGCCACUUGGCGCUAUUCAACACAUUAUUGCUGGAUCAGGGGGACUUUUCGUGGAAAGGGAACAGACGGAAGAAGCUGAAGGAGACAAUGCGCUUGAAGUUGGUUCCUCACGCACCGCUCACGCGGUAUUUAAAACGGAGGAAUCGCUGAACAAAAUGCUGCAGGUGGACCGGUUAGGCACACCUGCUCCAUUACAAGUCGGUGGUUUACAAGCUUACGCGGCCAGGUAUCGCCGUAAUCGUCCGGGUCUUUCGGUCCUAAAGGACAUGGCGGAUCAAUUUAUGGCGUCAUUCGAUGCAGCGGAAGCGGAAGUGCUGCGUCAGCGUAACGAGAAGAAGAACCAAGUGGAUGACGAGGGAUUUCACGUUGUGUUAAACACGAAGAAGCGUGGUGUGAUUCAGGCAGAGGAGGUGCUUGCUAGGCCUGUUAAGAAACACAAGAGCAAGGAGCUUGAUAAUUUCUAUCGAUUCCAGACGCGCGAAAAGAAGCGAGACCAACUGAAAACGCUCCGUGAGCGCUUUCGAGAGGACCGCCAUGUGGUUGAAAAGCUCAAGAAAGCCAACAAAUUUCAGCCCGAAUAG